AUUCCAUCAAUCUAAAGACACUCUUAUUAUUUGGUUGAAGAUGAGUUAAAUAACACGAUGAAAAUUCCACGUGUCAGUCAUCGUCCGUAGUCAAACUGUGUUCGCGUCGGAGUUCAGAAAAGCGAGGGUCAGAAUUCACAAUGCAAAGAUACAAAAAAUGGAACAACCAAAUCAAUCACAAACAACGCUCUCUCUCUUAUGAUGAAGAAGAAGAAGAACAGAUAACGAUGACGACAACAAUCAAUUCCUCCUCCUUCUUAAAAUCACCAUGAGAAAAAGGUUGAGUGGCUCGUUGUUCGUGAUUGCGAAUGACGAACUUCACAGAAAACAACAAUGGGAGCUCUUCCUCUUCACCAACACCUUCUGAAGUGCUUCGAGAUUUUAAUGUUUUUGAAGAUUUGUAUGCCAAAGGAAAUUGGAGUUCAAACAACUAUGAUACCGCGAUUGAGAUUGAUGAUGAGAGUUCUUCUGAGGAUGAAAAAGAGUUCAAUCCAAUUGAUCAGAAUGAGGAGUCUCGACCGGUUGUGAAGUGUUCCGUAUGUGAUUUUGACAUCAAUGUUUCUGCACUUCAGACAUACGGCUCAUAUGCUAUGAUUUGUCCUGUGUGUGAGGAACAUUCAAGCUUGCGAAGCCGGCGAAAGCGGGCUUGGUACGCUAGGAAUCAAAAGAAGUACGGUGCCUUGAAUGUUGAUUUGACAUUGAAUGACAAGAAACCUGCUCCUAGGGAAAAUAAACAUGAACCAUUGUCACCAUGUAAGAACAAUGUGUAUCUUUCAAGCUCUGAAGAUUUCUUCUCAGAUGAAGAUACCAUCAGCAGCAGUGCCUCCGACGCUACUUUUGUUGCAAAAAGCGAUGGGGAGGAAGAUGCACGGGAUACUACUGGCGGAGAUGAACAGAAUGUUGAAGAGAGAAGUAACAAGGCUGCAUUUGCUCAAGAGUUGGUUAUCUCAGCUUUAUUCUCAGAAUAAUAGAAUAGAUAGAUAAUCAUGCAUUGCAAGGAACUAUUUAAUUACAUCUUCAUAUAGUUUUGAUGAUUGUAAAAAUUAUAGGCAUUGUGUUUCAUUCUGGUGCAUGAGUUAUUAUAUAGGAUAAUUACAAAUCUUUAAUAUUGGACGGUUA